GGCUGGCGGCGGGUCAGGGAGGAAAGGGAAAGGGGCUGAGGCUGGGGCUGGCGCGGAGGCAGCCCCGCCGCCCUGGACCAUGGUCUGCGGGAGCAGGCGGAGGCUCGGCCGCGCGUUGGCUUUCCUGGGAGCGGCGGCGGGGCUCCGAGCGGGUGCAACACGGCCAGGAGCUGGCUUCCUUCACACCAACUCUGAUCUGAGAAAGUCUAAGCUAGUCACACAGACCAACAUGAAGGUGGAGCUGCUUCCGGCCCUCACGGACAACUACAUGUAUCUCAUCAUCGAUGAGGAAACCAAAGAGGCAGCGAUUGUUGACCCUGUGCAACCCCAGAAGGUUGUGGAAGUGGUCAGAAAGCACGGCGUGAAGCUGACUACGGUUCUAACCACCCAUCACCAUUGGGACCAUGCCGGGGGUAACGAGAAGCUUGUGAAGAUGGAGUCUGGGUUAAGAGUGUAUGGGGGAGACAACCGAGUGGGAGCCUUGACACAGAAAGUGUCUCACUCUACAUCAUUUCAGGUGGGAUCUCUUCAUGUGAAAUGCCUCUAUACACCAUGUCACACUUCUGGACACAUCUGUUAUUAUGUGACUAAACCAAAUAGUUCUGAGCCUCCCGCUGUCUUUACAGGUGACACGCUGUUCGUGGCUGGCUGUGGGAAGUUCUUCGAGGGAACCCCAGAGGAAAUGUACAAAGCACUGAUAGAGAUUUUAGGCCGCCUGGACCCUGAAACGAGAGUUUACUGUGGUCACGAAUACACUAUCAACAACCUAAAAUUUGCCCGUCACGUUGAACCCAAUAACGCUGCCAUCCAACAAAAACUAGCCUGGGCGAAGGCAAAAUAUGACAGUGGCGAACCAACUAUCCCGUCUACUAUUGCAGAAGAGUUUACAUACAACCCCUUCAUGCGAGUGAGAGAGAAGACAGUCCAGCAGCAUGCUGGGGAAACCGACCCCAUUCGAACAAUGGGAGCCAUCAGAAAAGAGAAGGAUAACUUCAGGGUACCAAAAGACUGAGUACUUUGCCUGAAACACUUCCCUGUCAGUUUUAUCAUGUUUUAGGAACUAGAAGUUUCAUUGUUCUGUUGUGGUGGAGACACAUUCACAGUUAGGUUUUUUUAACUGUCUUAAGGGGGAGUGGGGAAAAAAGCACUUUGCUCUUGUUGAGAUGUUCUAUGGCAUAUUUAUAAGAUGUUAAAGAAUAUUUAUUCCUGGCUUGCAAACUGUCAGAUGCAGUGAGGUUUUGCAUGAAUCCUUACACAUGUUCAGUAUGUGGUGGUGGGAGGGGAAGGCACAUUUGAGGGCUCAGUCCGUACCAGGGGAAGACUCAGUUAGCUUUAUAGGAGAACUACCUGCAUAUGGACUGCAGGAUUGGGCCAGGAGACUUCUACCAUUAAAGCAAAACUGUGGAAUACACGUAACCAAAUGCCUGUCUAAAGAAGAAUCCUUUUGCAACUUAUGAAAUUAACCUUUCUGAUUCUGUCACUUUAAGAUCUGCUACAUUCAUUCGUCAUAGUGCAGUGCUCACUUUGCCACCAGCAAUUAAGGGUCUAAUUCAUUAAAUAUGCUGCCCAACUUGCUUGGUAUAUGGAUACAUCUGGCUGUAGAAAUAAGACUGUCCAAGCUUGCAUUAGAGACUAGUUCCCCACCACCCCUUUCCUUCUGCAUCUUAGAGAUGAAUAAUUUCUAGACAGCAUGUUUUUCAGACUGCGCCUUCAAGUAUGAACAGCUGAGUAUUAACGGCUUAAAAAGCAGCUUGCAUGUACCCACUGACUCCCCUCCAAAGCACACUAUGAAUCGUGCCUGUAACAACACCGAGCCUGAGGUAGGGACUCGGCCGAUAGACCAGUAUGAUCCUAAAGAGAACUAACUUGGUCUAGUGAGUAAAUGCAUGUCCUACAAGUUUGAGUAGAUAUUACGUUAGACCAUAGAUCUAACCUCUCCUACCAUUGUGCCAUCAGGAUAGCUUCUUUAUGCUAUAAAUGCUACUUUCACCUAACAGGAUUAGCCCAACUGAUCCCUCCAGCCAAAAGAUUUGAGAGUCCUGGUUACUGUUGUGCCCAAGAUCAUCAAGGUACCAGCUAUUUUGGAAGAGUGGCUACCCUUCAGGGCCUGCUUCAAAAGGAGCAGAAACGAGAGUUGCCUGGUUGAACCCCUUAGCUCUUGCAACCUCCUAGUCUUCCAGCAGAAGCUUCUUUUAGAGAGUCCUGUUAAAUGUAAAGAAAUCAAAGCUUGCCCUGGUUUCUAGGCAGGUCCAGGAUGUCUUCCAACACAACUUUUGUUCCUUAAACUUUCCUUUCAUUGCCCUUGUGGCUCAGAACCCUCCCCUCCCUGGUUUGAAUGGCAGGCACAUCUAGAUGAUCGGAGUGGGCAGCCAGCCUGAAACAGACACGGGAACGUCCUCUCCAGACCGCUGUGCUCAUUUGAACACGCUGUUAAUCCUGGUGAACAGAGCACAAUUUUAUGAAAGUGGCUUGACAGCAUGGAAACCCUGCCUCCCUGGUAGAGACCUUGCAUGGCACAGAGGGGGUGAAUUAAGCCUGAUUUAUUUUGUUCCCCACCCUUUCUCUGGGUCUUUGUUUUCAUGCUGCUCGUGGUUUGAUACUGUGGACAAAAAGGACCACUUGGUCUCUUUCAGAGCAAAGGAUGGUCUUCCAGAUCUCUCAGUAACUGCUGGGGUGGGGCGAGAAUAGGCAGAAUUUUGCCAUGUCACAGAACUGCUGCCCAGAGUUGUCAGUGUCCAUGUUGGAAGACAGGCUUCAGGUGAGCUGGUGGGGGGGGGGGGGGGCGCUAGCCAUGGUGUCAGUGCCCCCUUGCCAUCUGUGCCACAAAUCAGUGUUCGUUUCGGCCCCCUUAUUAAAAAGGCUUCUUUUAAAUACAUGGCCAAAAGCGGCCUAUUAACACAAGCGGCUCAUUCUGUCCUCCUCGGAGCAACUUCCACAGCUGCAUCUCUGAGCCAGAGCUGGUGUCACUAGUCUUCAGAGAACUGCGCUUUAAGGAGGAUAGUUUUCAAAAGUAACUUCCCUCCCACCCCAAGUGGCUAGAGCAGAGGAGUCCUGGCUCCCCUCAGUGGAGUCUGUUUCUGACCUUGGACAGGCCCUGACCACCUCUGUCCCUCAGUUUCUGCAUGGUUGAACAAUGCAUGGAUGUCCUGCCUUCAGGGGGCUAGGGCUAAUGUAUGUAGGUUUGUAAAGUGCUCGGAGACUCUGGCUUUCAUCCAGGGAUAUCACUAUAAAUCUCUUUGACUCUCCUCCCCUUCCCCCCUCUUUUUUUUUUUAAAGAGCCCAUAGCCAUGUAAGAGUGCCCACAUUUGGAUAUGUGAUAAUUGGGAGGGUGAAUACUAGUCAACGUGUGGCUACUGUAGUAUCUGUUUUAAGCUCUGCAGUGGUUAUUACUCAAAUGCAGCAAAGAUGCAUGUUGCUAUUAAUACUUUCCCUUUUAACACCUGUCACUGUUACAGUGCAAGUUCUGUGUCCUUAGGCUCACGUUUGAUGUCCACAGAUGCAUGUACCUUAGGAGCAGGGCCUCGGGGGAGGGAAGCUUGCAGGGACAGUUUCUGUAGGAGUUCACCGUGCAAUAUUUCCAUCUUGCCGGUGAGAACAUGAUAUGAGCACAAAGUGGUAGAAUACACACUUGAAAAAUUCUGACACCCAUCUCUUAAUGAACUGGGCUCCUAAUUACAUUCUCCUCCUGUAUCUCUUCUGAUUGCACAGUUACCAACUAAAUGUAUGUUUUUCAAUAAAUGCUUCACAGCUGAAACAGUAA